GUAAACGUGAUGUGUGAUGUCAUGACGCUGUGUCUGUGUUUGGUGACACGUACAAAUUCGAGUGCAAAUACCGAAGUGCGAUCGAGACGGUAACGGUAGUAGUAUUAGAGAGGUGACUUGAAGUGGUGAAUAUUCACAGCUGUUCAAGAUGAAUGCGUUUGAUCGAAACAUCAAUGUGGAUGCAUUAUUCAGAUUCUCUCACAUUUCUUACUCCACACAGCAACACUUGAAGAGGGUUUAUGCUAGCCUUGCAGUGUGCAUGUUUGUGGCAGCAGCUGGAGCAUACGUCCAUGUCGUAACAAGGCUGUUUCAGGGCGGGUUGCUUUCCUUCUUGGGGUCCAUAGGAAUGAUGUUCUGGUUGCUGUUUACACCACACAAUAAUGAAACUGAAAAAAAAAGGCUGUGCAUCUUGUCUGGAUUUGCCUUCUUCACAGGUGUUGGUCUGGGUCCUGCGUUGGAUUUUGUCAUUAGUGUGAACCCAAGUAUAAUUUCUACAGCCUUCUUGGGAACUGCGGUCAUCUUUGCCUGCUUUUCAUUAAGUGCACUGUAUGCAAGGCGCAGGACCUUUCUCUUCCUUGGAGGUACUUUGAUGUCGGGUCUUAGCAUUCUCUUGCUUGUUUCACUGGUCAAUGUUUUCUUUGGAUCGGUCCUUCUCUUAAAAGCUCACCUGUACAUCGGCUUGCUGCUUAUGUGUGGUUUUGUGUUGUUUGACACCCAGCUGAUAAUUGAGAAAGCAGAGCAUGGAGACAAGGAUUAUAUUUGGCACUGUGUAGAUCUUUUUUUGGAUUUCAUUACAAUCUUCAAGAAACUCAUGGUUAUACUUGCUUUAAAUGAGAAGGACAAGAAGAAAGAGAAGAAGUAAAGGCAUCUCUUCUGAUUUACUACUGUGAAUUGUUGCUUUUCUUUUGCACAUCAAACAAGAACCUUUCAUUAAUAAAGAACAUUUCCUGAAUAAGGACAAUGCGUCUAUCACCUGAAUGCUAAUUGAGUUCCGCAGGACCUGUUUAACACUUUCUAAUGGAGUUUGGCUUCUCUUUCAGAGUAUUUAAGUGUUAUGUGGGGAGGCAGCACUUGUCAGAAUUGGUUGGAAAGUAUGUAAGAUGGAUGGCAUUAUGAUCCUUAAACUAUACUCCCCGUGGCCCUUAUGUCUGUAGUGGAAUAGUCCCCCCCCCCCGUCCCCCAAUGCGGCAGAAGAUUCAAAGAAAGUAGUUCAAUGGUUUGAGGUUUUUCCUUUCUCCAAGAAUGAGGAUGUGUUGUCUUUCUGUCAGUGCUUAACAUAGUUGCCUUUUCUGCUGCACUUUCUUAGAAACAGUCAUGGUUUGCAGCUGAAAUAUGUCCCAUGCAACAACCCACGGCUGUUGCCUCUUCUGUAAAAUAAGCAGCAAACACAGAUUAGUGCCAGAAAUUCGUGCUGAUUUAUCAGCAAGAACAACAAUUUUUAUCAUUAUCUUGUUCACCUGCUUUUGUCUCAAAAGCUGAACCUGUUCUCUUUUGUGUACUGUGGUAAUCUUUCCAGGGUUUUCUUUUAGUUCACUUUGCUGAAUUUGUAAUAAUGGUAUAGUGAUUUAUACAUAUGGGUAGAAUGUGCCAGGUUAGAGUUGCAUCAAUUUGCAGACAUUUUGUUCUAGAGGGGCUCUUGGCUUAAAUUUUUUUUUCCUGUUUGACAAGUCUUUGACACAUUUCUGCACAUUGCUGUUUAAGACCAGUAAUGUAUUACCGUUUGCUUUCAGGUUCUGUCACUGUAGGGACGAAUUCUGUACUAGAUUUGUGUUGGUGAUGCACAGUUUCAUUGUAGUUUCACUUUGAUACUAGAGAUGUCUGUCCGGAACGUACGGUCUAAAACAGUGCCGUAAUGGGAAUUAACAUGUAACAGAAAAUGGCACUGUAGUUUUGUUCAGUUCAACAAUCUCCAGUGUGUUGCCAUUCAUUUUAGUAACUUGUCAGUAUAAUGCAUCAUGUUUGAAUGAGUCAUCAGUUUUUCAUGUUGUACUACUUGCAGUUUUCAUAGUUGAACUGUGUGCUUUCACUGAAUGAUCCCGUUGCGCAACUUCUUUCAAAGUCAGUUUUCAGCUGUUUGUAGGAAUUGCAAAUGUUUAUGUCCUUGUUAGAGUUGAAAGUUUCUAGCAAGAUGACUGAGAUUUGCCCUCAAAUGUCAUAUUUAACUGUAUUUUAAAGUUGCCCAAAAGGUAUUGUUUUCUUCGUGUGACGUUCUGCAGAGUACCAGUGUUCUGCAGACUGUUGUCUAAGUAUACAGCAUGCCAAGAACAAGGCUACUGUUCUGUCUUGUGUAUUGUCAAGAAUUGGGAUACAUUUAACAUUUCAGAUUUUAUAGUCUAUAACAGUAAAAAAAAAAGCUUUUUAAAUGUAGUCAGUUAGUGUGCUAUUCCCUACAAGUGGAAACGCAACAGCCAAAUUUAGAAUUAGAAAUAGGUUAUUGCCAUUUUAAGUAAAAGAUUUCCAUCUGUGGGUGAGGUACCAAAUCCCAUCUUUGUUUUAUGGGAUUGUAUUUCCAUAUGUGUUGGAUGCUGCUUUUGUUCAGCGAUAUAUCAUAGUAUCUUCUAGGAGAAGCCCUGACAGAGGGAGCUGAAAAGUUUGAUAUUUGGGUUGUUUGUGGGUACAUCUCUGACACUUUGGGUCUUGAUGAGGUAUGUGGAAGAGGAUUUGUUUACAGUGGAAAGUGGACUGUUCCAAAAUUUUCAGUGCGAUUUACAAUUCCGUUUAGCUGCCAUUAUAAACAGUGCACUGUUUAACUAUUGUAUGCCAAUAUUUGAUUUCAGAGUGCCCUAUUUUCUUUGCUUGUAGUUUGUGCUAUGGGAGUGUAAAGUGCUCUGCUGCUUAAGAGGGGCAGAUUCUGGAAUGUUUUGGCUGCAUUAUACAGGUGUUAAAGUACCUGUGGAUGCAAGUUGUAAUGUGUAUUGAUUGUCCUUAGUAAGACCUUGCUUUGGUGGCAGCACCUAACUGGACAGAAUUGCCACCACAAAUGGAGACUGGCCCCAGUUUUCCUUCCAGAAUCAGAGUGUAAAUCUAUUAACAUAUUGUCAUAUCCAGUAGUAGUGCAGUCUUAAUGUAGUGUGUUUCAGUAGCAGCUGUCAUUUAGUCACCUCUUGUCCCAUAGAUAAGGGGAAAAUAAACUUAACCUUUGGUGGUUUUCAUAAGUCCUGUAAAUUGUCAUUGUUUUGAGAGAUGAUUUGGAGAACUGAUGAGCAGUCUUUCUAGGAUGAACUUAGCAAACUCUUUGGAUUGAGCGUUAUGUGCGGUUUCCUUGAAUUCUUAGUGAGUGUAGAAUGUCGUUUCAGAGUUGUGAUUUUUUUUUUUGUACCAUUAGAACUGUUUUCUUUUAAAUUAAGGAAAGCUUAUUUGGCUGUCUAGUAAGCUUUUGUUUCUAGUUCCCAAAUAAUUGUCUGUUUAGUAAUGCACAUUCACCCUCUUACAUUCUGAAGAAUUAUGAUUUCUUGAUUGGUAAUGUUAAGUGAAAAUUGUAUGUGCACUUUUAUUAAUAGCUGUGACACUUUGUCCUUGCAAAAGCUAACAUAUAGACUUUUAAGCUAACAUAUAGACUUAAAAGUAAGCAGGUGUCCAACAUUGAGACUACAAGACAGAAGCUAGCAGCUAAUAGGGGAUGUCAGGUUUCUUUUAUAUAGUCUGAGCCAGUUAAUGAUUUUGUUUGAGUUCAUAUUUCAGACUGUAAAUAGUCUGCUGCAACAAGAUUUUCUGUUUUGACAGCUGUAUGCUGAUUGCUAUUUGACAACAUUUUUAUUUAGUUCAUUUUCUCAUGCCUUACUGGUGUAAAAUUAAAAUGUGCAGUUAUGUUGCAGUCCUGAAGUCAUUGAAUUUUGUCCUGAGAGGAUGGAAGAUUUGCUGCCGUUCUGACAGCUACUAGCUGUUUUGAUAAAGGUCUAUUUGGGGGGUCUCCCCAUUUCCCCUAACGGAGUGUUAUGACGUACAAUAAAACAUCAUUGAUGGGCUGAUCAUGAACACUUUCCUUCUGGCUUGAAUUAUGCAUGUAUUACUGUGCUACUAGAGAACCAUGUAUUAGUUUUAGGUAAUGGUUGUCUUACUUACCCUGGUUACCUCAGGUCUGGUUGAUUUAAAAGUAUUGCAUUAUUUUUAGAUGUCAUUGUCAUAUUUACCUCAAGUUACCCCAAGAUUUUAAGUUUAAAAUUACUAUUCAUGCUCCGCAAUUACACAGUCAAAACUAAACGCUUUUUUGUGUUGAUUAAUUACCACGUGGGAAAAUGGUAAUGCCAAUAGUUCUCAAUUAUCUUUUAAGUUUUUGCUCUGUAACAAUGACAUUUUCCUACAAAAUAUGUGAACCUCGUGGCAUGUCUUAUCUCCUGCUCAUAUCCAUAUAUUGCACUUCUCUUAAAAAUAUGCAUGCCAUUUGUAUUUAAUUUAACCCUUUGUCAUUGAAUUUGCUAAAGCAAAUAUGUUUUGUUACUUAAAAGUACUUCUGUAGUUUCUUUUGUGCACAGAGACUAAAACCAAUUGCUUGUGGCUAUAAAAUGUUUCUAAGCUAAAAGUAAUUGCUGUUGGAUAUGUUAUACCAUUUCUAAAUAAGUACCCUUAUUUGGUCUUCCAGUGCUGGCAUACCUGCUUGUUCAUGCUUGUCUGCUUCCAGCUAAGUCACCAAUUGUAUCUCUUAUUGUGGUCAAUUUAAAUGAGCUUUUGUUUUUGCGCUGUUUUUGAUGAAAUGUCAAAAGUGCAGUAGAAACACUUUACUGAUGUGGUCAUUCAAAUUAUCUUUUUUCCUUGACUAUUUAGUUAAUUUUAACAGAUGGCUAGGAUUGUUCCACACUGUACGUCUAAUACAGAUUUUUUUGAGUAGCACAAAACUGUAAAAUGUAUAUCAGACGUAUUUGCCUCAAGGAGCUGUUGCUUUCUUAGGGCAGGUAGCCUAGUGGAGAAAUCAGCUGAAGCUUCAAUCUUCAGAAUACCGUUUUGUCUUUGAAAUGGCCGAGAUCAAGUUUCCAUUUGUUCAUCCCUUUAUAGUGUUCAUUUAUGUAGUAUGUUGUGCAUGGAAGCCAAACCUGCUCAGUACUUCUUUGAGUUUAUUUUCUUUGAGUGCCAGUACAGUAUAGUGCUGGAAACCUGUUAGACAAACAGAAAAUACAUUCAGAUAGAAUGUGUACAGUUUUUGAACUUAAAAUUUUUAUUCUUCAGAUUGUGUAUCUUGCAUCUCUGUGAUUGAGGGCUUUUAUUUGAAAAUUAAAUUCAGCACAAGUAAAGUCUUAAUUUGUGUAACAGAGUUAACUAAAUAAAUUCUAAUUUGGAUUGUG